AUGGAGGUGGAGCCGAAGCAGGAGCAGGCGGACCAAAGCAAGGCCGACGCUGUCAAGAGUGACCAGGAGGAGGACGAUGCGACGGCCUCUGGCCACACCUGUGGCCUCUGUGGACGGGGCUUCCCUCUCCUGAGCUCGCUGUCCCAGCACAUGCGCAGGCACACUGGGGAGAAGCCCUACAAGUGUCCCUACUGUGAACACCGGGCUGCUCAGAAGGGCAGCCUGAAAGCCCACAUCCGCAGCCACAAGCUGGGCCUGCUCAGCCGGAGCCUGGGCAAGUUGGACGGUGAGGAGGGGGUUGGGGAGCAAGGACAAACACAGGGGGACCCUAAGAAACUGGAUAGUCCCGCUGACAACCUCGCCAAUGGCACCUCGGCUAAGAAGCACAAAGUCAACGGCAAGACGAAAAAUAAAAGCUCCAAGAAGAAAGGCGAAGAAGCAGUCGUCCAGGAUGACGGCAAGGAGGACGAGCCGCAAACCACGACUGAGGGCGACUCACUUCCGGGAGGGACCUUCUGGGUGGACAAUGGGGACGGUGCGGGUUCCUUUCCCUGCGGCUCUUGCAGCCAGGUCUUCCCCCAGGCCCUGCUCCUCAAGGCCCACAUGAAGAAGCACCGCGGCCUCCUGGACCACGGUUGCCGCAUCUGCGGCCGGCGCUUCCGCCAGGCCUGGUUCCUCCAGAGCCACAUGCGGAUUCAUCGGGCCAAGAGUCAGCUGCGGGGUGGGAGUGGCGACAGCAGCGAGUCCCAGACCACCCUCAACGGGGUCCCCCGGGAGCCGGCGUCCCUGGUGAACGAUGACUGUCUCUACGAGCUGUGUGCCGGCUGCGGCAACUUCUUCUACGACCGCAAGACCCUCCGGCUGCACGAGAGGGUCCACAAGCAGAGCCACGCCCCCAGCAAGCCACCGCAGCAAGACCCCGACAACAGCUCUUCAUCACCUGCCGCCAAGAGGCGCUUCCUGGAAUGUCUUAACCUCAGGGCAACCGGGGCUGGAGAGGCAGCUAUGGAGGGGAGUCUUGGAAGACGGAUCCCCGAGCUGGACCCGGUAUGCAGUUACCAUGCCUGGCAGUUGGUCACCAGAGGAUGUGUGGUGGAGGUGACAGAUAAAAGCCUAGGCUGGGAGGAGAGGCUGGUGGAUGCCGAGGUGGCGUUUGCCCGGGAGAAGGGCGAGUAUGUGCCUCUGAAACAGGAGAAGCGGAAGAGGCAGCUGGACUCCUCCCAAAGCAAGAAGAAGAAAGGAGCUCAGGAUGUUGUCGUUAAUGGUGGCAGCGGUGGGAUCUCCCUCCAGCAGCGUGACAGUAGAAAUAGCCGCACCUUAUUGAAUGGGCUCAGCGCAGAGACGUUUGGGAUAUUGCAGAAAAAGAAGGUGAAAGAUGGUCAUCAGUCCAGCAAGCAAGGCACUAAAUCAAACUCUGCCAGUCAGCCCAGCACACCAAGACAAGAAGAUUCUCUAUCUUCCUCGUCCAUAAAGAGGAAUAGUAUCAAGGACCCAACCUAUGAAGAUACCAAGCCAUACUUCUGCGAGCACUGUGACUUCCGCACCAGGGACCCCUCUUCCUUCACAUCCCACAUGCACAAGCAGCACAAGGACGUCAGGGAUGCACAUCAUCACAUACUGGGAGCUAUUAUGGAAGACCCGAGCCACGGCGCUCCCAAAGCCUCAGGUUAUGUGGAAUAUCUCCGGCUGAAGAGCACACUGCUCAGCCAGCCCUACACAAAUCCCUACAUCUGUCCUCCUGGCCAGGAGAGGGCGGCAUCGAGCUGCCAGUCUGAGAAGUCGAGGAGCCUAAAAGUCAAAGGGCAAUCCUCUCAGGAUGCCAUCAUCUACGCCAGCCUCCUCAACCUGUCUGCCCCGCCCGAGGGCCAGGAGGAGGAUGGCGGUGUGAACCCUGUGGCAGCAGCGUCUGAGGGUAAGCUGGUCAGACACCAGUGUCCGUUCUGCGCCCACACAACCCAUUACCUGGAGGUGCUGUGGAUCCACCAGCGUGUGGCCCACAGGGUGGAUAGUGGCAGCUCCCUGGCCCCCAAGUGGGCCCCCUACGUCACCGGCUUCAAGGGCCCCAAGGCUGCUGGACGGCGCACGGGGCCCCCGCCCUUCCUGGAGGGCAAAGACUGCCCUGCACUCUCAGUCCCCCGGGCCCAGCGCACACAAGCCCCAGGUUCCACCGCCACACAACCGUCAGGUGGAGGCACCAAGAGGCCAAAGACAUACACAAGCAGUACAACUGCUACUUCCCAGCCCAACACCAGCCAGGCCAUGGUGUCAGCGUCGCGUACCUCCACAAGGUCUCCCCCUGGUGGUGGGAAGUCACUCCUACCUCAAAAAAAGAAGUCGAGCCGCCCAACCCAUACGGAGGAGGUGGCCAAUAAGAGCGUCCGAUCUAAAACGAAAGCCCACCCCAAAGCUCCUGCCGCCACCACCACCGUCUCAACCAAUAUUCAAGGCUUCUCCCAGCAGUCGACAAGCAGCCCCAAAACCGGACAUUAUCGGGCGGCUGCCGAGGGAAGCCUGCUUCCGCAAGAGGGCCUCGGCUUUAUUCUCGCCAGGAACCAUGGCAGGGCCGACCACGCGUCCCAUCUUACCCCAGACAGAACUCACCUCCACCCCCAGCCCCAUCCACACCCCCACAGCCAUCCACGGGAUCCACCUGCAGCCCUGAAAGGUCAAGACCUUUGGUCAGUCACAAACAUCUUUGGGGCGCAGGGCAGCAGCGGGUACCAGGCACCCACCACCCUCCUCGGCCACGGGAAGAGGGAGUCGACUGCUGGGGACAGCAGAGACACCCCGAUGGACAUGGGCAUCCUGGGUCUGUUGAAGAACUACAACCCCCACGAGCUGGCAGCUCUCUACCAGCACUGGGGCUUUGUAGAUCCCAGGCUUGACCCACAAGGGAUAAUCCUCACACUCGGGUCCUCAGCCAAUCCGGUCCGUGGUUUGGAGAAGUCUGGUGUCACCAGCACGGGUCCAGAACACAGUGCUCACUUUAGGUCCUGGAAGGCUUUCUCUGUCUCCUCGGUCCACUUCACCUGCUUCUUGGUGAGGGGACAGGGCCAGUCCCGAAUCGCUUCCACUGACUCUUUCUCCUGUUGGGCCUCCUGCGGCGCCUUCUUCUGA